ACCAAAUCCAAAACCACAACUAAACCCACUUCCUUCGAUAUGCUCAGUCGACAACUUCGCAGUCAAGAAAGAGAAACGAUUCGAAGAUCAAAUCUCUCACAGUGACAGGUUUCGGUUAAGGCUAAAAUUUCUCGAGGUCUUAGAAAGUGAGAGAAAAUGGAGAGAAAGGGUGAGGGAUCAGAGAACUCACUGAUGAGAGGUAGUAGAAGCACUUCUUCAACCAACCAUACCGGAGUUAGAGCCAGACCUGACCCGUUUCUGGUGGUUUGUAGAUUCUUCAGCGUCAUUACCUCUAUUGCUGCUAUUCUCUGUAUUGCCGUUAAUAUUCUCUCUGCUGUGCGUUCUUUCGAGAACGGAUCCGAUAUAUUUGAUGGGAUAUUUCGAUGUUAUGCUGUUGUGAUAGCGAUCUUCGUGAUUGUUGCCGAGACAGAAUGGGGAUUCAUUACCAAGUUCUGGAAGGUUUUGGAGUAUUGGGCCGGGAGGGGUAUGCUACAGAUCUUUGUUGCAGUGAUGACCAGAGCUUACCCUGACUAUUCUGAGAAGCGGAAAGAGCUUGUUCUCCUUCAGAACAUAGCAGGCUACCUGCUUCUUGCCUGUGGUGUGGUUUACGUUAUAUUGGGAAUUCUAUGCAUUGGGGUUGUCAAACGUGCUCGCCAGAAGAAAGAAGUUUCAAGAGAGCAAGCAGUUAAGGAUCUUGAGGAAUUGGAACGUCGUAGAGAGGAACUUGAAGCACUGCUAAUUGUAGAUAGGACUUUAGACUUUGGCAACCCAAUGCCAUCUCAAUGAUCAAACUGAGGGGUUAGGCUUUGGAAAGUGAGACGUGCACAUCUCCAAUGAAUCUCAUGUUUGAAUGAUUAUAUUGUUUCAUCUGAUUCUGAGCUGCUUUCUUAACCUGAAUAGUUGACAGUAAUAUAUUAUUUGUAGUUCAAAAAAAAAAAAAAACUCUUUUGUAAAAUUGUACAGUUGUGUGUAGAGGCUAGUGGUUCCGAUAUAUGCAAUUGUCUUACUAAUAAAAAACCC